AUGAUGUCCUAUCUGAAGCAGAGCCCCUAUGGGAUGGGUGGGCUGGGCCUGGGCAGUGCUGUGGACCUGCUGCACCCCACUGUGGGAUAUCCAACUAAUCCUCGUAAGCAGCGCCGUGAGCGGACCACCUUCACGCGCACUCAGCUGGACAUCCUGGAGUCUCUGUUUGCUAAGACGAGAUACCCCGACAUCUUCAUGAGAGAAGAAGUGGCUCUGAAGAUCAACCUGCCCGAGUCCAGAGUCCAGGUCUGGUUUAAAAACAGACGAGCAAAGUGUCGCCAGCAGCAACAGAGCAACAACACAAAUACCAACAAUACGACUGCUACUAACAAUACCAGCACCUCCAAAGUGAAGCCUCUUAAGAAGAAACCAUCUCCAAGCAGCGGAUCCGAGAGUGGCGGACAUUUUACCCCUCCCUCCACCAACUCUUCUUCUACACCUCCUUUGUCCUCCUCUCUUUCUUCUUCUAUGGCCUCCAGCACAUGCCCUCCUGGUCUGAUGAACUCCUCUACCUCUGUCACAGCUCCAGUGUCUUCCAUUUGGAGUCCUGCGCCCAUCUCGCCAGCGCUAGCCCCGGUUAGCAUGCCCGACCCGGUUGGUAACAGUAGCGCGUCUUGCAUGCAACGUUCGGCCGCAAGUGUUGGAUCCACUGCUGCAACAUCCUAUCCGGUUUCUUACAGUCAAACGGUAGCAGCUUAUAGCCAUCACCAGGGUUAUCCCACGGCAACCUCAGGGUCCUAUUUUGGAGAUUGUGGAUCAUACCUACCCAUGCAUUCACAACACCACAUGGCUAACUCGACUAUGUCCGGUCAUCAUCAUAUUGGACACACUGGGCACCACCAUUCGCACCAUCACCCUCAUGCAGCCUCCCACCACCAGGCGUACUACAGCUCCACAGACUGUUUGGACUACAAAGACCAAGCAUGGAAACUCAACUUCAAUGCAUCUGAGUGUUUGGACUACAAAGACCAGGCGGCAUGGCGGUUUCAAGUGCUGUGACCACUCCCUGUUAGUUCAAACUGCAUUCAAAGUUCUGAUAUAGACUUGGGUACUGUGAAAACUUGAGGAGAAGAGGCUGCUUUCGUGAUUACACAAUUCAAAUGAAGACAAUAAUGUAAUGUAAGGAUCAUAAUUAGAUCUUACAUACAUUGUUGUCUUCCAGGCGAGUAGGUGUGAUGUAGGUGCACUUUUGCCCUAAUAUAUGGAGCUCAGAUGCACACUGGAGCCAGUUUUUUUCUAGUUCUGGGGUCAAUGCUGUUGAACCACCAUGCGUUCUUCAAUUGACCCUACUUAAUUUACCAAGCAAUGCCAGCAAAAAAUAAAAUAACUGGGUUCAUUGCUUAAUUGAUUAAAAUAAUAUCACAUUAGCAUUAAAAAUAAGUUAAUUUCUGCAACUUUUAACAUACAGCCUUUAGCAUUUGCGAAAAUCUGCUAGUAAAAGUUAGUGUGAUGUUCUCUACCCAUGGCACUGACACAGCCAUCCUUGGUUAUGUUCUGUUUUCAUUAUAUAGGUGGUUUCUCAAAUGGACAUUGAGAGAUUGAACUAAUAUUAAAGACAUUACAAAUAUAUAUAUAUAUUGAGGCACAAAAAUAUAUUUUUCUACUUUUACAACAGUUAUUUCUGGAUAAAGUUUUGGACAUGCAUCUUUGGAGUCUGAAUAGACAUAUACUCCUUGAACAAAAAACAAUGGACUUAUCUGUCAAUAUUUCCUAUUAAAUCUAUUGAGAUUUUCAAGAUGCUGCUAUAUGAAUUUCAGGUUUUGACUUUUUGGAAAGUGGGUGUUGUAUUUUGGAGAUAAAAUGGCAGCACUUGUUUUUAAGGUGAAAUAUUUUAGUUUUUUGUUCGUUGCAGAGAAGAGAAAAUAAAUAAAAAUGUG